UAUGGAAAAGCCUCAAUCAAUAUGUGAUAUUAAUUUUGCAAAUGAGUGUCAGAAUGAUGUAGUCCUCGGGUCAUUUAACGUUUCACACCGUAAUGUGCUUCAUGGCACCGGAUCAGGAGCUUUUCUGUCACAGUGGUGAAACGGGGAAAUUGGUCAAAGUCAGUAAAUUGUGUGACAAAUGUAACUUACACUGCGGGUCUCUGUGGAUUACUGUUGAGAAAGCUGACCGAGCCGAUGCAGCACUUCAUCACGCUGAACACUGGAUUGAAGAAGCUAUCAUCAGGUGCAAAGAGAAGAUCAAGACUUCAACUGAACAGUACAAAAAGACCAAUAAGCAGCUGGAUAUGAAGGCUCAGCAGUUGUCUGCGACGCAGCUGAAAACUGAAGACCAGAUGUUGAAGUAAAUUGAGGGGAUGCUCUGCCAGAAGAGCCGCCUCAGGGAACGUCUAGCCAAGAUAAAGAAGGAAUCCAAAGAAGAAGAGGAAAACUUCCUCCAAGAGAUCUCAAGGUUCAACAGUGACUUCCGUCUUCGAGGGAACAGAGAGACAGUGUGUCAGCGCCAAACACACACUGAGCUUCUGGACCUGGAGGGGGAGGUGGACUCAUUACAUGAAGGGCAUAACAUACCCGCGGGAAACCGUCACGUGAGUUCCAUGCAGGAGGAGGAGAGAGCACUCCAGCUCGAACUGCAGGGCUUGGAUAACAUCCAGAAAGACCUGGACCGGCAGUUUAUUGGGGCUGAGGCACUGACAGAAUCUGUGAGAGUGGAGAGCCUGUUUGUCAGUCAGAAACCUGUCACUGACAGCACCUGUCUGAGUGACGGUGCUGGGUGCACGUCCUGCGCCUCCGACACAAUAAAUCCAACAGUACGCAGUAUCCAAUGCGACCAGUGGACACGCCUCAUUUUUACCAUGAUACAGCGACAUUGUGAAGCACAAUUUCAAGUGAUGUUUGUGGCCACAUAAAAGUAAAUAUUAGA